AUGUCGAAAGUGAAGCAUUUACUGCGGAAACUGCAUAUCGGCGAUCAUCAACCCCAAGGUAGACCGCCCACACUCGAUCCGUCCCCUCAAACGACGCCGAACCAAUCGUCGCUGGCAUCUUCACCUUCAUCUGACGCGAACCCGAUUUUGUCCCAACCCCCUUCUGUUUUGCUGGAAAAUGAGAAUUCUGUAUCUAAUUCUAAUAGUAAUUUUAAUUUCUUCGAGGAGGAGUUUCAAGUUCAAUUGGCACUUGCUAUUAGUGUGUCGGAUCCAGGUCAAAAUCAGGACUCGGAAACCGCCCAGAUCAACGUCGCUAAGCAAAUUAGUCUUGGGUGCUCGCCCUCUCAAUCCCUUGCCGAAUUUCUCUCGCUUCGUUACUGGAGCUAUAAUGCUAUAAAUUAUGACGAGAAAGUAAUUGACGGGUUCUAUGAUGUUUGUGGAAUUGAUUCACAUUUGUCAUCCCAAGCAAAAAUGCCGUCGCUGGUAGAUCUUCAACUAAUUUCUGUUUUGGAUCAUGUUGGUUCCGAUGUUGUUUUAGUGAACCGCACACUUGACACACAACUGCGGGAUCUUGAGGAAAAAGUUCACUGUAUGUUCUUGGAGUGCCUUGCUUUGGAAAGGGGUACAAGUUUUUUAGUUCAAAAAAUUACUGACCUUAUCGUUGAAAAAAUGGGAGGUCCUGUUAAUGAUGCAGAAGAAAUGUUAAAAAAGUGGAGAGCAAGGAGUUAUGACUUGCAAAUCUCUCUUAAUACAAUCAUCCUUCCCCUUGGGGGUCUUGAUGUUGGGCAUUCACGUCAGAGAGCUUUGCUCUUUAAGGUACUUGCUGAUAGGAUCAACCUCCCAUGUAAGCUAGUCAAAGGAAGUUAUUACACUGGCACUGAUGAAGGAGCAGUGAAUUUGAUCAAAAUGGACAAUGGAAGUGAGUACAUUGUUGAUCUUAUGGGUGCUCCAGGCACUCUAAUCCCUGCUGAGGCGCUCAGUGGUCAUCACCAAAAUUUUAGUUUAGAUACGAGGAGUAUUACACAUGUUGUAGGGACCACGAAAAGUUCGUGUACACCAUUUGAAGAAGGAGCUCUAAGCGGUUCACUUAGGCCUAUUAACGACGAAACUUUCAAAAUCAAACGUUCAAGUUCAGAAUCAUCUGCCAUUUUCCCCGAGUCAAACAGAGAUUGCAGGGAUAUCAAACUAUCAUUAUGCGGAGUUUGUGAACAGUCAGUAGGUUCUGGAAAGAAAGCAUCAGCAAGACAGAAAUUGCAAGUUAAAGAUGUUAAAAAAUGUGUAAUCGAUGCUACAAAAGAACCAGAGUUUGCUGGAAAACUUGAUGCUGUUUUGUCAGAGAAUCGCGUAACAUCGACCCCAGAUGUGCUUUUGAAUAUGAAUUGCCACAAUCUUGGAGAGGACAAAGUGUUCAUAAAAAAUGAAUUUGUGAGAGGUGAAAAGAUGAUUAAUUCCUGGCAUCAUCCAGAGACGUUCUCUGAAAAAGAGAACUCUCUUGUACCUUGUUCUGGAGUGCAGGUAUUUAGCAAGGUUUUACAUAACAGCAGCAAAAACCAUACUGCUGAAGUGUUGACCGGACAACAGCUCAAACUGGAUUUUGCCGUCUCUAAUCCUGGAUAUAAUUCAUCUUUUAAUACUCCAGCCAAAGAAUGUAUGCUUUUUAAAGGUAGAACUGAUGAAGUGAUCCAUGAUGAUGAUGAUAUCACCGUGGGUGCUGGCUGUGCGAAUUUAUCUGACAAGGUAGACAAGUCUUCUGUGGAAGUGACAGAAAUAGCCUGCAGUAACCAGUCUAGUGAUAGCAAGAAUCAGAACGUGAAAAAUGACCCUGUGCUGAGUGGUGUUGCUGAAAUUUUGUGGGAGGAUCUACAGAUUGGUGAACGCAUCGGCAUAGGUUCAUAUGGUGAAGUUUAUCGGGCAGAAUGGAAUGGCACAGAGGUUGCUGUAAAGAAAUUCAUGAAUCAAGAUAUCUCCGGCGUUGCACUUGCACAAUUCAGAUGCGAGGUUGAGAUCAUGUUGAGGUUGAGACAUCCAAAUGUUGUUCUUUUCAUGGGAGCUGUAACUCGGCCUCCAAAUUUGUCCAUAUUGACGGAGUUUCUGCCAAGGGGUAGUUUAUUUAAACUGCUGCACCGUCAAAAUAUCCAAAUUGAUGAAAAGAGGCGAAUAAAAAUGGCGCUUGAUGUGGCCAGAGGAAUGAAUUACCUGCAUACUAGUCACCCUAUCAUUGUGCAUCGAGAUUUGAAGACUCCCAAUCUCCUUGUUGACAAAAACUGGGUGGUUAAGGUUUGUGAUUUUGGGAUGUCACGUAUGCAGCACAGCACAUUCCUGUCUUCCAAAUCAACUGCUGGAACGGCGGAGUGGAUGGCACCAGAGGUUCUAAGGAAUGAACCAUCCAAUGAGAAAUCUGAUGUAUAUAGUUUUGGAGUAAUAUUGUGGGAAUUGGCAACUCUUCGUGUACCAUGGACGGAGAUGAACUCCAUGCAGGUUGUUGGAGCUGUUGGAUUCCAGGGUAGGCACCUUGAGAUUCUGCCCUCUAUUGAUCCAAUGGUUGCAGAGAUAAUUAGUGACUGUUGGAAACGAAAUUCACAGGCACGCCCUUCUUUUAAGCAGAUUAUCAGCCGUUUGAGGUGUUUGCAGCGUCUAAAUUUGCAGACAGAGACUCCUGCAUUGCAGCACACCGAAAGGCUAGAGAUUUUGGAUGAAGAAAAACUCAUUUUAAGCUUUAGGGUUGUUGGAGGAGAGCACAGAUUAAACAAUUAUCGAUCUGUUACAUCUGUUAAUGAAUUUAUUGAUGAAGAAAACAAGAUUUACACCAUUGUUUUGGAGUCUUAUAUAGUUGAUAUACCGGAGGGGAAUACAGAAGAAGAUACCAAAUUGUUUACUGAUACAGUUGUAAAGCUGAAUCUUCAAAAGCUUGGAGUGGUGGCUAUGGCGGCUUUACAUGGAGAAAAAUAA